GCUCCACGGCCUUCCUGUAGGGGCGGGCGUGCACGCACAUACUCACGCACGCACGUACGCACGGUCAGCACUUCCGGCCGUGGCGCCCUCGGCGCCGGCCCGACGGGACCAGACCGCCGGCCUCCCGGAGCGGCAUGCGGCUCUGAGGCGCGCGGACCAGAACGGCGGCGCCAUGAACCUCCUCCCGUGUAACCCGCACGGCAACGGGCUGCUCUACGCCGGCUUCAAUCAGGACCACGGGUGCUUUGCAUGUGGGAUGGAAAAUGGAUUCCGAGUCUAUAACACCGAUCCACUAAAAGAAAAAGAGAAACAAGAAUUUCUUGAAGGAGGAGUUGGCCAUGUUGAAAUGCUGUUUCGCUGCAACUAUUUAGCUUUAGUUGGUGGUGGAAAAAAGCCGAAAUACCCUCCCAACAAAGUGAUGAUCUGGGAUGACCUGAAAAAGAAGACUGUUAUUGAAAUAGAAUUUUCUACAGAGGUCAAGGCAGUCAAAUUGCGGCGAGAUCGAAUUGUGGUGGUCUUGGACUCCAUGAUUAAGGUGUUCACAUUCACACACAAUCCCCAUCAGCUACACGUCUUUGAAACCUGCUAUAACCCUAAAGGCCUCUGUGUCCUCUGUCCCAAUAGUAACAAUUCCCUCCUGGCCUUCCCGGGCACACACACGGGCCACGUGCAGCUCGUGGACCUGGCCAGCACAGAGAAGCCACCUGUGGACAUCCCCGCACAUGAGGGUGUCCUCAGCUGCAUUGCACUCAACCUGCAGGGAACAAGAAUUGCAACUGCAUCUGAAAAAGGGACCCUUAUAAGAAUAUUUGAUACUUCAUCAGGGCAUUUAAUCCAGGAAUUACGAAGAGGAUCUCAAGCAGCGAAUAUUUACUGCAUUAACUUCAAUCAGGAUGCUUCCCUCAUCUGUGUGUCUAGUGACCAUGGCACAGUGCACAUUUUUGCAGCCGAAGAUCCAAAAAGGAAUAAACAGUCCAGUUUGGCAUCAGCCAGUUUCCUUCCAAAAUACUUCAGUUCCAAAUGGAGUUUCUCCAAGUUUCAGGUUCCCUCGGGCUCUCCAUGCAUUUGUGCCUUUGGAACAGAGCCAAAUGCUGUCAUUGCAAUCUGUGCAGAUGGCAGUUACUACAAAUUCCUGUUCAACCCCAAGGGGGAGUGCAUCCGAGACGUCUAUGCGCAGUUUCUAGAAAUGACCGAUGACAAGCUGUGACUCCUUGCCAGUGAGUGCGACUGCAGACAUGCCCGUCGCCCCUCAGGCUACUGGGGCUGGUGCCAGUGCCCCAUAGGCCGCCUGGGUCACAGGCUGGAAGGACUGCCGGGGACCGUGUUCUCAAAGCCAUACAUGGUUGUCUGCUUUCCUAAGAAGGACUUUCCAUUUCCAGUAUUAAAGAAUCAUCAUCAAAGCAUCGUAGAUACUCCGUGGCUCUGAGCAGCUCCUGCCACCCGCUGGCUGUCACCUCUAGUUCAGCUGUGAUGUGUGCUUCAGGGACCCCACCGUAUCCUCACUCUGAGGGGCUCCACAGACCUGGACUGGUUUGAGAGGAUGGACAGAUUGAGGUUUGUUUUUGCAAUAGAUUCCAUGGUGUUUCCCGAGUCUACAGUGGGGAAAUGAAUAAGCGUGUAGAUGUUAGUUCUGACAUGAUAAGCAUAUUAAAAUCAAACACCAGCAGCUUGCCUUAGAAAGGAGAAAGGAGUUCCUUCUCCCAUCUGAACGUGAAGAAAAACGAUGUAACCCUAUUAGGAGAACAGUGUGGAUGUUUCCCCUCGUGUGAGCCCAGCCUCGUCAGUGCCCAUCAUGUGGUUCUCUCUGCCUGCUCAUGGGCGUCCCUGUCUCUGUGGAGCCAUUAGAACAAGGCAAGCACCAGGCCUACCCAGCAAGCAGAGCUAUCAUCCUCAUGCUUGGGUGUCGGACAGCCGGGUCUCCUGGUUAAAUUCUGGGUUAAAACUGAGUUUCCUUGUUAUGUGUUAGGAGCAAGGUAAUGCGUAGACUUUACAAAUUAGUCAUAGGAGAAAGAAAGCAUCACUUGCUUGAGGGGACAUCUCCACAGGGCAGUGCCUGAGGGCGUCCUCUGGCAACUCUGAUGGUUGAAGAGAGCGCCCCAGUUGGCCUGUCAUUUACCUCCCUCUCACCACCCUUCCCGACAUUCAUAAGGAUAGCCACAAACUAACAUUUGGGAAAGAAAGGCACAUAACUUUUUUUAACAUUUGGUAACUAAAGUAGGUUAUGGGCUCUACGUUGUCAACUACUUUGAGGUAUAUAUUUAAUUUUCUUAAAUUCCCUUUAAAAACUCUUUGUUUUAUGGUUUUGAUUUCAGGUUGCAUACAUUUAAAAUCUGCAUAGCAGCAAGUUCUCAGUUUUGCCAGUUCCUUUACUGUCAUAUAAUCAACUAACUUUGUAUGUGGAUUUUGAUGUAAAGUAUGCAUGUUACUUUUAUGUGUAUUUAAUCAUGAAGUUUAAUUUUGCACACUUAUUUGUAAUGUUUCUUUUAAAUAAAAGUGACUAAUUUUGUUGUACUCUGUACCUAUAAAAA